UGCUUCGAGCGAAAGGUGAUGAACGGUCUUUAGAAAAGGUCUCUAAAUUUCAAUUUUAUUUUAUUCAAUCUUUUCAUUAAUAUUACUAAAUAUUGAUAAUUUCUUUUAUCAAUAAUUGAGAUUGUUAAGGAUUUUGUAAAAAAAAAGUUUUUAUUAAUGUAAUUAAUAGCAGUAGUAAAAUCAAUUUGUCUCUGAGUUAAUUCUACUACCAAAUAUAAAGUAUCAACUAUAUGCUUUUAGUUCGUGUCAAUCGUGUAUAAUACUCCGGUAAGUCAAUUCGAUGAUACGAGUGUCAUUUGUAUAAUCAAAACAAUGGCUGGAUCUGCAUUAAGACGGUUAAUGGCCGAAUAUAAGCAAUUAACCUUAAAUCCACCAGAAGGUAUAAUUGCUGGACCAUUAAGCGAAGAAAAUUUUUUUGAAUGGGAAGCAUUAAUUACAAUAUUAAGUAUAUUCGUAGAGGACCAGAAGGGACAUGUUUUGAAGGUGGAGUAUUUCCAGCGAAAUUGAUAUUUCCAUCCGAUUAUCCACUUAGUCCACCAAAAAUGCAGUUUACUUGUGAAAUAUUUCACCCAAAUAUUUAUGCAGAUGGAAGAGUAUGUAUAAGUAUUUUACAUGCUCCUGGCGAUGAUCCUAUGGGAUAUGAGAGUAGCGCAGAAAGAUGGAGUCCAGUACAAAGUGUAGAAAAAAUAUUGUUAAGCGUAGUGAGUAUGCUAGCUGAACCUAACGAUGAAAGUGGAGCAAACGUUGAUGCUGCAAAAAUGUGGAGAGAAGAUAGAUCUGAGUUCGAGAGAAUUGCACAGAAACUCGUUAGAAAAACUCUUGGAAUUCCAUCUUAAUAAAUUAUUUAUCUUGUUAAUUUAAUUUUAUUUAGAAGUAAUGCUGAAGAAAAGUGGCUUAUCUUUCUCUACUAUUUUCUGUUUGAAUCCAUAUAAUAAUAUUUAUUUUAAAUAAAUAUGAAGCAGACCAUUGUCUACUUCUGUCUAUUAUUUAUGUAUAUAAUGAUAUAUAAAUCACUUUAAAAAAAUUCAACUAGCCAAGAAAUGUUUCUAUUAAUACAAAUAUAAUCAUUGGAAUUAUACACUAAAUGAUUAUUUUGUCUAUUACUUAUUAGACAAUAAAUAUUAUUUUAUGCGUGAAUUAAACUUUCCAAUUAAAUACAAUUGCUUUUAUAUUUUAUACAGUAUAUUAUAAUGCAAAAUAAUAAAGUUAAAAAUGAUUGUCUUAAUAGUUCAUUAUAUUAUUUUGUUUGUUGUAAAUUGUAUAAACGUAUCUAUAGGAAGGUGUACAUUUUGUGUUUGAUGUAACUAUUCUUAUCUAUCUAUUAUAAAAUAUAAACAGUUAUAAUUUUGAAAAUUGUAUUUUAUUUUCAUCAUGAUAACAUUACAAUACAAAUGUGAAUAAUGAAAUACAUACCAUUUUUUAUGUUUUAUGUGUUUCUGUUUUAUAUUAAUAUUGUAUUAAUAACAGACAACUUAUAACUUGUGCUGAAAUACACAUUUUUGUUGAAAUAAAAUUAUAUUUUUAAAUAAUAUCAAAGAAAGAUAAAUUACACAGAUAAUAGUUUUAAGGUUUCAAAAUUAUUAUUCUCAAUAUUGACAUAAAAUUGAUGUCAUAUAUAUUGAAAUUUUUCAUAGGUCUUAUCUUAUUGAAGCAGGAUUGUUUUAAUUAUUAUUUCAUAUAAAAUAUUUUAUAUAAUUUAAUAGUUUUUAUGACUCAACUGUUGACGAUAAUAUUCUACUUGCAAUUAUAACAUCAAAUUUUUUGUCACAAUUUGAUUUAGAAACUUAUUGAGUCAGAUACAAAUUCAGAAUAUUCAUAUUAUGUAUUUAGCAGAAACAAUAUAAAUCAUAGGAACAAGUGAAACAAUACAAUAAUAUGAAAAAUAAGAAAUACUUCUUCAUGCUAUAUUAAUAAAAAUAUUCUACUCUAUAGUUUUAGCAAUUUUAUAGUAACUUAUUUGUGCAACUUAAGUUACUUGAUUGCCAAUUUUGUUAUUAUCUCAUAUAUAUAUUAUAAUUUAUAUUUAAUGUAUUACUUUUCCCUAAAAAAUUUAACACUCCGUUCGUAAAAAGCCGAUUAUUAUGUAUUUCACCCUGACAACAAUCGAACUUGGUGACAAAAUAUAUUAGACUAGAGAAGCCCACAUUUACAUUUACAUAUAUAGUCCAAUAUAACUUUAAGACAUUAUUAUUAUUAUUAUUAUUUGUUAAAAAUAAUUCUUAUUAAGAUAAUGACAACACUAAUAUUUUUAAAAGUUUAUUUCAUUUCUUUCGCACAAGCUAUGAUAUCUUUUGGAUUGUGUUUACAAAAUAAUUGAAAAUAAAUAUAAGUUUGCAUAUAGAUAUUUAUUAAGAAACAAUACUGAAAUCCAACUUAAAAUGCAAUAUUUAUGACUAGCAUUUGUUGAUUACACUUAACAGACGAUUAUCAAUGUUAUCAGUUCUCUAGUCAAAGUACAACAUGUAUUUAAACCAUUUUUAUUUUUAUCAAUUAAAUCAAUUGCUAAACAAGUCACUAUUACUAUUUGGAAUGUUUAUAUUAUUUUCGGUCUUAUAUAAGUUUAUUUUCAUCAAUCUGUAUUAUAAAUUUCAAACUAAUUUAUUUUUGUUAAUAUUUAAUUUAAAAAACUUUGUAAAUGUGUAAAAAAAUGCAUUGCAUCUUACUCAUAAUAUUCAUAUAUAACAGAUAUAAGAAGUGACCAAAAUUAUUUCGAAAUAUUUAAUAUAGCACUUAGCAAAACUUUUGCAUGCUUUUAUUUAUAUGCAUUUUAUCCUUUUAAUAAUAAAUAAAGUUGUAUUCUCUUUA